AUGUUCAGAAAAAGGCUUAACGAAAGGCGAGUUAGUGGUGGACAACAAUUUUUCCAGCCAAGUUCAAGUUGUGGUGACUCACAACCCCCUGUUCUUUGGGAUGACAAAUUUGAUAUGGCAAGGAUGAGGGAAAGAGCUGCGCAGUGGGUCAUGAUGCAUGACCAUCCUUUUACCAUUGUGGAGGAAGAAGGUUUCAAUCUAAUGCAAAAAACUAGGAUGCCUGAGUGGGAAAAAAUAAUGCGCAUAACAAAUAAAAAAGAUUGUGUGUCUGUGUUUGAGAUUGAGAAGAAGAAGUUAAUGAAUGUUUUGAAGAAUGUCAACAAGAUAAGCUUGAUGAUAGAUUUAUGGAAGUCAAGUAACCAGAAUAUAGAAUAUAUGGUUAUAACUGGACAUUUUAUUGAUGGUAAUUGGAGGUUGCAGAAAAUGGUAUUGAGCUUUGUACAUAUUGAUCCUCCUCACACGGGUGUUCAAGUUGUUGAUUCGGUGUACAAAUGUUUAAAGGAAUGA